GCAUCUUCUGGCGGACGGUGCGAGGCAUGCUGCCCCACAAGACCAAGCGACGUCAGGCCGCCCUGGACCGCCUCAAGGUGUUUGGUGGGAUCCCGCCACCCUAUGACAAGAAAAAGCGGAUGGUGGUUCCUGCCACCCUCAAGGUGGUGCGUCUGAAGCCUACGUGGAAGUUUGCCUACCUGGGGUGCCUCGCUCAUCAGGUUGGCUGGAAGUACCAGGAGGUUACAGCCACCCUGGAGAAGAGGAAGGAGAAGGCCAAGAUCCAUUACCAAAAGAAGAAACAGUUCAUGAGGCUAUGGAAGUAGGCCGAAAAGAACAUAGAGAAGAAGAUUGACAAAUUCACAGAGGUCCUUAAAACCCAUGGAUUCCUAGUCUGAGCACAAUAAAAUUGACUGUUUAUUCUUCA